GUCCUAUUUGGAUGAUUAUAGGAAAUGAAAGAAAAAAGGAAGGGCGCUAUCCAUCAUAGGAGUGGAGGGUUGUUUAUAUAAAAAAGUCUCAAAGAUAGCUGUUGAGACUGAUCGUAAUAGCUUUGUUUUUACUGCAGCGUCAGCGAUAUUUGACAGGUCCUCGGGAAGCCUUGGGAAAGAGUAUAGCGUUCAUAACUUUGGUAUUGAUUUGGUAUGCUCCGCCAAUCUCCUUUGUACCCCGGUGUUGCAAGUCCCUUUCCUUUUAUGUUACAAUGCAAAAUCAUCAGAAAGGACAUGGCAUGAAACAAAAGUUCCAUUACUCAUUCAUCCUUUCCAAUCCUAAGAGUUUUUACAUGCUCGAAGUGUAGAUUGCUCAGCAGUUUGUGAAGGAAUUUGUUUUAUUUACCCACAGUAUUGACCAUUGCAUGAAAGGGAAUUUUGACACCAGAACAAGAGCUGACUCCAUACACAUUCAUAUAGCAAACCAUUCGUUUUCUAGACCUUUUGCUGCUGCAGUACAGGGUAGAAUCGCAUCGUUUACAAUCCAAUACCAGAAAUUGUUUCUCUGAAAGACGCUGUUUCUAGCAAAACUCUGGAUGGACUUAGAAGCAAUCUGCUUUGGUACUAUUGUUUCCUUAUUUUUUUCCUUUUUCUAUAAACUGUCAUUGAAAUGAGAUAACUAUACAGAGACAUCCUUUGGAACAAACCUAUGAAACUCGACAAGCUGUGGGUUGCUUUUGUGAACAAAACUUUUCCUAUAUAAUUUUCCUUCUUUUCAAAAAAAAUUCACGUUCUUUUGCAUCGAGUAAUUCCCAUUUUAGUCUCUUCCUCUGCCUCCCUCAGAAGAGAACAAUAGCAAGAAAGCAACAAAGAAACAGUUGGUCUACAUUCUGUAUUCAUACAAUUUAUUUACUUUCUUUCUACUUAUUUAAGAAAAAAAGGAAAACUAAAACCUAAUUUUGAUAUAUCGUAUUUUAUUUUGCAAAUAUAGAUUCCAUGGAGCCAUUAGAAGAAGAAUUGGUAAAAAUUUUAGAUUUUGAAAAGUAUGGGGCCUUGACACCUAUACCACAGGACGAUGGAGUAAAUCCAUUAGCAAAAAUAAACUAUUCCAAAGACUACGAACAGGGAAUGGCUUAUUUUCGCGCCUUAGCUGCCAAGCAAGAAUAUUCCAUACGGGCAUUCAACUUGACCUGCUUUCUUAUUAUGCAUAACCCAGCCCAUUACACGGUAUGGGCCUACCGGUUCCAAACUCUGAAACAUAUUCCAGAACUCAUUCCGCAUGAGUUGGCGUGGCUUGACUCAGUCAUCGAAGACUUUCAGAAAAACUAUCAGGUUUGGCACCAUAGACAGAAAUUAUUAGGAAUUACAAAAGACUAUUUACAUGAGCUUGAAUUUACAAAGCGCAUGUUUGACCUAGAUAGUAAAAACUACCACGUUUGGAGUUACCGAUUGUGGAUUUUGCAGAAUUUUCAUGACUAUACAAAAGAGUUAAGCUUGAUUGACAAUCUGCUAGAAGAAGAUGUGUAUAACAAUUCUGCAUGGAACCAUCGGUUUUUUGUUCUUUUCGAAUCAAAUGCUAAUCACGAGCGAAGCUUGCAACAAGAACUGGAGUUUCUUUAUGUCAAGCUCUCUCAAGCAUCAGACAAUCAAAGUGCAUGGAACUACUUGAGUGGAAUUUUGAAAAAAGCAGGACCAAAUCAAGUGGCUUGGAUUGCAAAUCAAUUAGAAAAAUUACUUCCGUCUUCGAACAGAUUUCUUUUAGAGUUUCUGGCGGAAUAUGAUCCUACACGUUCAAAAGCCAUUUAUGAAAACUUAGCAAACGAAGUGGACAGAGAUAAUCAAGCGCUAUGGAAUUGGAUGAUUCAGCAAGUGCCUCAGACUUGAAACAAACCACUAGAACUUGUCUAGGAUUGCUGGAAAUCUCCGUUAGAAAUGAAACACUAAGAAACCAGAUAAUAACAAAAACGUAAUGAAUAUAUUCCUUACAAGUGACGGAAAGAUAAGCACAAGAAAGUAAAAUAACAAAGAGACAAGACUUUUUGAACGACC